GGGGUUCAUGCUUUGAAGAGCUCCAAGCAGCAGUCAGGACAUGGAGGGUAUUGAUGAAUGACUCACAUCGCCACCUAGUAGUGGUGAUGGGUAAGACUAUUUACUGUUAUACUGAACCGGGGACUGAUAAGACAGGGUGCUGUAGUGCUGGCCAUUCCGAUUCUUACCAGAGAUGAUGAUGGAGCUUUCAAUUUCUGCAGCAUUUUUUUUUUGUCGUAGUAUUUUUUUUUAAGUAAAUAUAUAUACAUUUUUUUUGCUCGACCAUAAACCUGCUAAUUCUUUGGAUUUACUGAACUAUGAUUUUGGACAAUUACCAGUGACCAGUGAGGUGUAUUACUCACGUAUUUUAGAGCCUAGUUUUGCUGUUUUGAAGGUUCACAUUGUAGAUUUCUGCACCUUAAGUUUACCUUUCUUUUAGAUCCCACUUUUUGUCAAAUGUUUCAUAUUAUUUAGAUGAUUGGAAAUUUUUGCUCUUCUCCUCUCACGCGUCUUCAGUUUUUAGAAAGAAUGGGUGACUCAGUUUCAACCAUUCUUGUUUAUCCCUUCAAAAACAUGUUUUGAGCCUCAUCAUACCCCACCCGUCAUCUUGUCACCUGUGAGGACGCGAGGAAGACUGCCACUUAAAACCCUUCAGGUGACUGUUUCAGCCAUUGCAUGACUGCACAAACCUGACGCAUCUGCAGAGGACAAGGCUGCGGCAAUGGAAAGUAUUUCAAAUGAAAGUGACUUUUGGCAAUUCAACGAAUCCUGGCGAAACUCAAGUCACGUUAACGCGACCGGUUGGUUGAAUCAGACGAACCCUCUGAAGCGGAAUGAAGAGGUGGCGAAGGUGGAGGUGACUGUGCUCGCCCUGGUGCUGUUUCUGGCGCUGGCGGGGAACCUGUGCGUCUUGCUGGCCAUCCGCACAACCAAGCACAGCCAGUCCCGUAUGUAUUACUUCAUGAAGCACCUGAGCAUCACCGAUCUAGUUGUGGCAAUAUUUCAAGUUCUCCCUCAACUUAUCUGGGACAUUACAUUCCGGUUCUAUGGACCGGACAUUUUGUGCAGGUUGGUGAAAUACCUACAGGUCGUUGGGAUGUUCGCCUCCACUUACAUGUUAGUUUUGAUGUCCGUAGACAGGUGUUUGGCAAUUUGUCAGCCUCUUCGUUCUUUGCACAGGCGAAAAGACCGCUUCUAUGUCAUAUUUUCCUGGGUCUUGAGCCUGCUCUUCAGUAUCCCGCAGAUGUUCAUUUUUUCCUUGAGAGAGGUUGGCUCGACCGGAUCAGGAGUGUAUGACUGCUGGGGCGACUUCGUGAAGCCCUGGGGAGCCAAAGCUUAUAUCACAUGGAUCAGUCUCACCAUAUAUAUCAUUCCAGUAGCAAUACUGAGCAUUUGCUAUGGGCUGAUAAGCUUCAAAAUAUGGCAAAACUUUAAACUGAAAACUAGGCGGGAGCAGUGUAUAAGCCUGACGCCCAAAACCUCCAAAGGGAACACACUGACCCGUGUGAGCAGCGUAAAGCUCAUCUCCAAGGCGAAGAUAACCACAGUGAAAAUGACUUUUGUGAUCGUCGUGGCUUAUAUCGUCUGUUGGACCCCCUUUUUCUCUGUCCAGAUGUGGUCUGCGUGGGAUCCAGCAGCGCCCCGUGAGGCUAUGCCCUUCAUCAUCUCCAUGCUGCUGGCCAGCCUCAACAGCUGCUGUAACCCCUGGAUCUACAUGUGCUUUGCCGGGCAUCUGUUCCAGGAUCUUAGGCAGAACUUUCUGUGCUGUUCCACUCGAUACCUCAAGUCAUCCCAGUGCCGCUGUGAGCGUGACUUUGAUUCCAGUCACAAGAGCAACUCCUCAACCUUUGUCAUUAAGAGCACUAGCAGUCAAAGGAGCAUCACACAGACUUCCACCACAUAAGCACCCUCCCCUCCCUUUCAAGCUGCCCACCCUGCCUUUCACCUGAAGUGGUUGCCCAUAAAAUAUCCAGCAGUUCAAUUCCUUCUGAUACCUCUCGCCCUGAGGCUUGCUAUUCAAGCCCAGAAGGGGGAAAGUAAUUAUUUUAUUUACAGUGUAAAGUAGAAAUGGAAUUGUGAAAUAGCAAAAUGUACAGAAUAUUAAGGGUGCAAUAUUUUGUUCAUAAAACUUAAGAGAUAAUCACAGACCAAGCUGAGCAUUCACUUGAAUCUUUGUUUGUUUUGACAUUUUUCCUUGUUUUAUAUGUACAGUAUAUAUUUGCAGUGCAGAGAAAAGAAAGGAAAAGAGAAUAUUUGAAUUGUUUUUUAAACAACCUUGGCAACCACACUAUUGAUUCAGUUGUCACCAGCAAAGCUUAUGGAUCCUGUUUGUCUGUAUGAUGAAAUUGCUCACCUGCUAUAAAUAUUGUACAAUGUUGUUCACUGUUACAUUUGCAAUAGACUGUCUAUGGAUUA